AAUAACGCACACACACACACGCACUAACACACACACACACACUACAGAUAAUGACUAGAUCUGCAGGUUGUUAUUAUAUUUGUGUAGUGAUUCACUCCCUUGUGCCUCAGUGACCUCGUCAGGUUAUUACACGUUUCACCAGAUUGCUUCAUCACACUCGGCAUGAUGCAAGUGUUGGUUACGUUUGAAGGGUUUACUGGCACAGAACAGACGCUGGCCCUUUAAGAAAUCUGCCCUGAAGUGGGGCGGGAGAAACAUGAGUAAAAUGCCUCGUUGUAGGCUGAGCUCUUCUCUGAACCUUCACGCCAGAAGGUGGAGCUUUUCAUCUGGCAUGAAAUAACAUGUCCUUAUUUAGAGCAAGGCAGACUGUACCAUUUCUCUCCUGAGGAGAACCUUGAGUGAAGUUCUGACCUGCUUUCAGAGAUCAGCUUUAGCUGUAGAACAGUGACGGUGUAACCUGUCUGAUGUUUCCUGUGUAGACGAGCAGACGAUCUGUUACACAAGCGUGUGUUUAGUGUUCCUCUCUCCAGCUCUAUUGUAUUGUCCACGACCCCCCCCUCAGGUUCCAUGUGAAUGGUUCAGCUCGUACCCUCCCUAAGUCUGAUUUAUCUCCACUGCUAGGAAAAUCUCCCCGUGGUGUGUGUGUGUGUGUGUGUGUGAAGUGUGUAAGCUUCUGCUCGAUAACCGAACGGAACGUAGCAGGAACGUGACCCAAACGCCGUUCUUCUUCUUCUUCUCCUUCCUCCAUUUCCAAUGUGUCUGUGGUUAAGACCAUGGCCUCUCAGUCAGAGGGUAAGAAGAGACUGAAUGCUGACUUUCAGAUGUCUUUCUUCUUGAAAACUUCUGCCCCUGGUGUCGUAGUCGGUCACAUCCUCCUUCUGUAAUCAUCGGGUCAUCAGAGGGAACGUGAUGUGAUCUGUGAACUUGUUCAGCAACAUGAACCGUGAAGACCGGAAUGUUCUACGUAUGAAAGAAAGAGAAAGGAGAAAUCAAGAAAUCCAGCAGGGAGGAGAGGCUUUUCCCGCCACCUCCCCCCUCUUUCCCGAACCUUAUAAAGUGUCCAGCAAGGAAGACAAACUCUCAAGUCGCAUCCAGAGCAUGCUUGGAAAUUACGACGAGAUGAAAGAAACUAUCGGUGAACCUCCCAUGUCCAAACUCCUGGCGAAAGGAUCGAGCUCUUCCACCUCAGAGGAGAAGUCUCUGUACGCUGAGCAGCGAGGUGGAGUCAGCCAGAAUCAGAGCAACAAAUGGACUCCAAUUGGUUCAACUUCUGGAACCUCUUCCUCAUCUUUAUCCAAGUCCCAGAACCGCUCAGGCUCGUCGAAUCAGAGCAGCCACAGCACGAGCCAGCGCGGCGGUGCUAACAGCCAGCGGCACGAGCGUGAGUUUAGUAGCAAGAAGUCCAGUAAACAUGAGCACAAGAGCUCCACGAACUCGAGCGGGCACUCGCGCUCGCUAACGGCCGAGAUUCACACCAAGGAGCGUUACCACUCCAAAUCCCCCAGAGACCGCGAGGCCAACUGGGACUCGCCAUCCAGAGUGCACUCCUCCUCCUCCUCCUCUUCAUCGUCCGCCUUCCCCAGUGGGCAGCACUCAGGCCAGGCUUUUCCUCCCUCGCUCAUGUCCAAGCCCGGCUCCAUGCUGCAGAAGCCCACUGCAUACGUCAGGCCUAUGGACGGUCAGGAGACGGCCGAGCCCAAGACUUCCUCCUCCUCCUCCUCUUCUUCGUCGGAAUCGUAUGGAGGCCAGACGCAUAGCAGCAGCGUCGGAGAGAUGAAGGCCAACAGUAAAGCAUCGCUCACCAAGCUCAAGAUCCCAGCACCAGUAGAGGGAGCUCUGACUGGAGACGUCAGCUGCGUGGAUGAGAUUUUAAAGGAAAUGACCCAGUCUUGGCCCCCCCCACUCACAGCCAUACACACCCCCUGCAAGACUGAGCCUUCAAAGUUUCCUUUCCCAACAAAGGAUGGCCAGCUCACAGGCUUUGGAGGACUCAAAAAAAGUAUCUCAGGAAAAGGUUCAUCUGCUGCACCGCAGACCAAGGCAUGUGAUGGAGACCAGUCCAACACGCUUCAUGAUGACCUCAAACUCAGUAGCAGUGAAGACAGUGAUGCUGAACAGGAGUCUACCAAAAGAAACGCCUCAGCAAGUAAUAAUAACAGUGAAGUAGCUGAGAGAGAGGACUCCAGUAGUCACAGUGGCUCAGAGAGCAGCUCUGGAUCUGAAAGUGAGAGUGAGAGCAGCUCUACAGACAGUGAGGCAAAUGAGCCGCCACGGGCGGCCUCACCUGAGCGAGAACAGCCCCCAGCUAAUAAGUGGCAGUUGGACAACUGGCUUCCUAAGAUGGAGGACCGUGAGAGCAGCACUUCUCGGGGUUACAGUGGCAGUCAGGGGCCCAAAGAAUCCACCCCUGCACCGGGUCGAGACCAGAGGACCACGCAGAAAGGCUCUGAGAGCGGCCGUGGGCGUCAGAAGUCUCCUGCGCAGAGUGCUGAAGGUGGAGCCAGCACCAGUCAGAGACGCUCAGUGGGCAAAAAGCAGCCCAAAAAGACAGAUAAGCCCCCAGUGGCCGAGGAACCUAAAGGUAGCCUGAGGGUGGAGAGCGAGCCUCGAGCUGAGACGCCGCAGCCCCGUGCGAGAGCGCCAAACAAGGGUCCACGCAAACCUGCUGCAAAGAAAGAGCCCAAAAAAGAUGUGCGGGCCCCUCCGGAAAAGCGCAAAUCCAAGCCUCCGGGCAAGCAGAAGUCACGGGAGUUUGUGGAAACGGAGUCAUCGUCAUCCUCUGACUCUGAUGAGGAAGAAGAAGAGAGCGCUCCAUCUUCCUCACACACUCCAAAGUACGCCCCUCAUGUUUUCUCCCCCAUGGAAGAGAAAGACCUUCUCUCACCGCUCAGUGAGUCUGAUGAGAAACUAACAGGCCCCAGGCAGCUGCUCGUCUCGAUCGACCUCAGCCUGCUGAGCCGAGUGCCGGGCCGAGUGUAUAAAGACCCCGAGGUGAAGGUGGAGCGGGAUGCCACCGGUGACAGCAAGGACUUCCUGAAACAGCCAGUGGAAAGUAAAGCAAAUAAAGGCAAGAGGAAACACAAGAAUGAUGACAGCCUGAAACCAGAAAGCAAGAAGUCCAGGACGGAAGAGAAGUCAUCGCACCACAAAGUCAACAAAGAGUCAGCAAAACGUGUGGUGGAUAAGGAUAAAGAACCUGUCCCGUCUCCUUCCCUGACCCUUCAGCGCACACCCAAGUCUGAGCAUCAGGGCCGUAAACGUACGGUCAGUCAGUCAUCCAGCUCGCUGCCCAUCAACACCAAUAGUAAGGAGGCCACCAAGAGCAGCUCCAGCUCCAAACACCGCAAGGGCGAGGAGAAACAGAGCCGCGGCAGCAAAGACACCAAGGAUAAAAGCUCUAAGCCGGAGAAUCAGCUGGCUGCACCUUCUCUCUCCUCAGACAGUACCAAGAGGUCCAAGCUGCACUUUGAGGACCGGGUUCAUUCAGCUGAUCAUUACCUCCAAGAAGCCAAGAAGCUGAAACACAACGCAGACGCUCUGAUGGACAGAUUUGAGAAAGCAGUGUAUUACCUGGAUGCUGUGGUCUCCUUCAUAGAGUGUGGAAAUGCGCUGGAGAAAAGUGCACAGGAAGCCAAGUCCCCUUUCCCCAUGUACGCUGAAACUGUGGAACUCAUUAAGUACACUAUGAAGUUAAAGAGCUAUAUGGCCCCAGACGCUACCUCAGCAGACAAAAGACUGGCAGUGCUGUGUUUGAGAUGUCAGUCUCUCCUCUACCUGAGGCUGUUUAAAUUGAGGAAGGAAAGUGCCCUGAAGUACUCGAAGACACUUACUGAACAUUUGAAGAAUUCAUUGAGUAACACUCAGGCGCCGUCUCCUGGGAUGGGAAAUAAAGCGGUCGGAAUGCCGUCCCCAGUGUCACCCAAAGUAUCUCCAGGCAGCGCAGGCAGUUACUCCUCCAGUAGCUCCUCGAGUCAGAGCGGCAGCUCCUCCGUCACCAUCCCACAGCGCAUACACCAGAUGGCGGCCAGCUACGUGCAGGUCACCUCCAACUUCCUGUUUGCCACUGAGGUGUGGGAGCAGGCCGAGCAACUGGCCCGGGAGCAGAGAGAGUUCUUCAGUGAGCUGGAUAAAGCAAUGGGCCCACUGAUCUUCAACACCAGCACCAUGACUGAACUGGUCCACUACACACGACAAGGUCUCCACUGGCUGCGGCUCGACGCCAAGCUCGUCUCAUAACACUCUCCCUCGUCUCCUUCCUUCUUUUCUCUCCUCUUUUUCUUGCCUUACUCACAUUUAUUUAAUCUGCCUCAGACGUAUCUGUGACACUGUGUCCAUUAUCAACACCAGCUCGCCACCCCCACUCCCCCCCCAACACACACACACGCACACAAUAACAACCGACUGAGCAACACAACACUGAGUGCUAUGGCUAAACUCGCCCCAACUCCACUAGUCUUGUAUGGCGAGGUGACCAAACACCGUGUAGGUCUUCAGCAGAGCGUCGUCAGGCUCGGCGUCUCCUCGCUCGGGAACACAAACAACAAAAGCCAUCUUUAUGCUUAUAUAUAUAUCAUUUAUUGGUUUCGUCUUGUUUUGUUUUUGUUUUAAAUCCUUUCAGCUGUGAACUUUCAACUUUUAUGGAAUCUCAGUUUUUUUUUUUUUAAACCAGCGUACCUCCCUUUAACCAAAGGUGCUUUAAAUACUAAGGGUUUGUCCUUCUCUCUUUCUGUGCCUUGUAUACAACAUACAGGAACAUGUUUGUGCACACGAGCUGCUCGUGGUGGAACCGGGUCGAAUAGUUAGACAGGAAGUGUGUGACAUUGGGCAAGGCUGCGAAUGCUAAUGACUUAAUCUCUAAAGCUAGCAUUCCAUUCAGUGCCCAGAAGCGGGCGUGGCCGAUAACAUGCACGAGAUCUCAUCCGUCUACAGACGCUCGAGUGUGAGGAAUAAGAGCACCUCAGCGAUGACCAAAAGGACCUGAAGCAUCAUCAGUUUGAUUCCCAGAUUCCCCUCAGGCCGCUCCUCCGUCGUUCUCUCUUUUCUUUUCUUUUUCUUUUUUUUUUUUUUUACACUUUUUCUUGGACCUGGACUUUUUUUUUUUCUGGGAUUGUAACAGACUUUUUUCUGCCCGCAUUUAGAUUUCUAGAAGAGUCUCUUUAUCCACAUCAUUCCACCUCUUAAGCACAUGAAUAUUUUAUUACUGCCGCUUCAGUACUACACCGUGUGUGUGUGUGUGUGUGUGUGUGUGUGUGUGUGUGUGUGUGUGUGUGUGAGAUAUACAUGUAUAUAAUUUUUUAUUUUUUUUAUUCAGAUACAGAAAAUUGUCUGUCACAAAAUGACAUUUUCACUCACAGAAUAAUGAAUAAUCUUCUGCUUCUUCACCUUAAAUACAGGGUUGUAUUAUGGGAUGUUUAUGAAAUUGCCAUAUUUAAGUAUUUAAUAUCAGUCUUGGGAUUUUACUUUAUAGUCGAUUGUCUAUAGGAAAUCAUGUAACAGGAAGGAAGCGCAUAUGGAAUAUAUUUAUUACACAUGUACUUUAUAUUUAUAGUUUCUACACACAGUAAUAUUGCAUAUGAAGUCGUUUUGGCCAAAAACAGAAGCAUAAAGGUGUAUUUUUCCGUACAGUUCGGUCUGUGCUGCAGCGUGUAAGCUACAAGGUACAGCGAGGAUCGGUGUUCGUCCCGUCAGUCUGCAGCAUGUUCAAUGCUGGAAAUUUACCAUCUUUUGCACUAGAAUGUUUUUUUAAUCCGUCGGCUCCCUGUUUUUUCUGUAGGGACAAACUGUUAUUUCUUCUUCUGCUCGUUUGGAGAUGAGGAGAAAUCUGUCUAUGCAGAUGUUUUUUAAAGCGUUCUCUCAGUGAACUCUUCAAUCACACCAUCUGUGUGUUAAGUAUUAAACAUCAGCGUUAAUGCGAGACUUUCGCUUCUUCCUUCUGUGUAAUUACACGUACAGAUUCACUGUAGAAGUGUGUAGAUGGUCUACAGGACGACGCACCCAAAGUUCAGUUCUGCGCAAAUUCCUCAGCUUUCUGAUGCAGAGAACUCUGGCUUCAUGGGUUUAAGAGUUAAAUUGCCAAAACGACGAUAAACAUUUAUUAUUAUUAUUAUUAUUAUUAUUAUUAUUAUUAUUACUGGUUCAGUAACCAACAGUGUGCAUUUUUCUGGCUUGGAAAGGAAUGUAGCAUUUUUUUAAUUAUAAUUUCAUCAUAGUUUCAGAAUAUUCUGGAGGAUUCUAAUGUGGACGAGAGCCCAAGAGCUUCAGGUGGAAUUUUAAGACAAUUUUAUAAAUUAGGUUUGAAUUAAAUUCCUGAUGGUUAACGAGCCUAACGAUCAUGAACAGGGUUUUUACUCGUUUACCUAUUUAUCUUGUGCACUACGUUGGUUUGAAGCUGAACUUGAGCUGAUUCACUGCUGUGGCUCUUGGUUUUUUUCCCCUUACUGAUUUUUCCUUUUUAAAGCAACAUCUAAGUCGUUUUAAAAUCCAAUAAGAAUUCACAUGUAACUAUAAACCAGGGUAAAACUUUUUCUGACAUCUACAAAUGAAACACUUGCAUGUUUGUAUUUAAUUGCUAAACUGUAUAAAUGUACAUAUAACAUCUUUUAGGGUAAAUUUUUAUGGCUACACAUUUGUAUGAAGUUGUAAAUAGAAUGUUAAUAUUAGACUCAUUACUGAACUUCUUCCUAUUUUAUUCACACUGUACAUCACGAUUCCCCGUCACAUCCAUGCUGUUGUGUUUGUUUUUCUUUUAUUCUUUAGUUUUUAACCUAACUCUCUCUCCAUACUUUUGCUCAUGGAGAUUUUUAGACUUUGGUCUGUUUUCUGUGAUUCUGAUUGUGGUUGAGUUUUAAAUCCUGUCCAAAUGACAUGUUGAAGUGAAACCUGUAGGACGGCUGUAGCUCGUGUGGUCUUGUCCAGAUGUUUCCAGGCGUUCGUGUACGUUCGGCUGUUCUGUGUCUUCAUGUUGUGCUCAUUUUAGGGUUUAUAAAGUGCAGAUUAUUUCUGCGAAGGUUCUGCAGUCGGUUCAAAUCCAAAUCGGUUUAAAGUAUUGUAGAGUUUGAUCAGAGAAAUUUACAUAUUAUAUAAUGGAUGCAAUAUGCUUUAUGAUUUAAAGGUACGCUCACAAGCCUUGAUUAUCAUGAACUUGUAAUUUAAAAACAAUUUUUUGUGAAGUGAGUAUUACUGAAUACUAAUGGGUUUUCUGAGUCUUUGUAUUUCGCUGUAUUGAGAAUAAAAUAUAUAUGACUAUUGAACUUUA